AUGUCCGAACGAGGCUCGUUCCGAGGAGGUGGUCGCAACCGCGGCGGAGGUUAUGAUCGAUCUGGCGGCCGUGGCGGACACGGGAAAAGUGGCGGUGCAGGUGGCGGUGCUCAGCAGCAGGAGAAGCCCAAAAAGGAAAACAUCCUCGAUCUGAACAAGUACAUGGACAAGGAGGUCCGCGUCAAGUUCAAUGGUGGGCGUGAGGUCUCUGGAAUUCUCAAGGGCUACGAUCAGCUCAUGAACCUGGUUUUGGACGAUGUGAAGGAGUCCAUGCGCGACGACGAGGGCAACGAGAACACACGGUCUCUCGGUCUUAUUGUCGCCCGUGGCACCCUGAUCGUGCUGAUCUCUCCCGCCGAUGGCAGCGAGCAGAUCGCCAACCCAUUCGUACAGGCAGAGGAAUAA